AUGCCGGAGCCCGGCCCAGAUGGGAGCAGCCCGGCUGUGAGAAACCCAGAGCAAAACACCCUCUUCGAGGCCGUGUGGGCGGCCAAGACGGCCACGGAGACGCUGGUGGACGACUGGCUGGAGACCUACAAGCGGGACCAGGAGACGGGGUUCCUGGAGCUCGUCAACUUCUUCGUCCGCUCCUGCGGCUGCCGAGGCGUGGUGACCCCGGAGAUGUUCAGGACCCUGCAGAACUCGGAGAUCAUCCAGCAGCUGACGGAGAAGUUUGACGAGGAUUCGGCCGAGUACCCGCUGUCGCUGAGCGCCCGGCCCUGGCGCCGCUUCCGCGCCGGCCUGUGCGAGCUGGUGGCGGCGGUGGUGCGGCGCUGCCGCCACGGCGUCGUCUACGACGGCUUCCUCGUGGGCGGCCUCGCGGCGCUGCUCACCGGCCUCGCCGACUCGCAGGUGCGCGCCUUCCGCCACACCAGCACCCUGGCAGCCAUGAAGCUGAUGACGGCGCUGGUGGAGGUGGCGCUGGGCGUGAGCGCGCGCCAGGAGAACACCCAGCGGCAGUACGAGGCCGAGCGCGGCAAGGGCCCGGAGCGCCGGGCCCCCGGGAGGCUGGAGGCGCUGCUGGAGACGCGGCGGGAGCUCCAGGAGCAGCAGGAGGAGAUCGAGAACAUGAUGAACGCCAUCUUCAAGGGCGUCUUCGUGCACCGCUACAGGGACGUGGUCCCCGAGAUCCGGGCCAUCUGCAUGGAGGAGCUGGGCAAGUGGAUGAGGAGCUACGCGGCCUCGUUCCUCACCGACAGCUACCUCAAGUACCUCGGCUGGACGCUGCACGACAAGCAGCGCGAGGUGCGUCUGCAGUGCGUGAAGGCCCUGCAGGGGCUCUACGGCAGCCGCGACAUGGCCGCCCACCUCGAGCUCUUCACCAGCCGCUUCAAGACCCGCAUGGUGGCCAUGGUCCUCGACAAGGAGCCCGACGUGGCCGUGGAGGUGGUGAAGCUGCUGACGCUGAUGCUGCAGAACAUGGAGGAGGCGCUGACGGAGGAGGACUGCCAGAGCGUCUACCCCUUGGUCUACGUCUCCAACCGGGCCCUGGCCGCCGCCGCAGGGCGGUUUCUCUACGGGAGGCUGCUGGACCCCCAGCGAGAGGCGGGGAAGGCGCCGUCUCGCGACCGGGACAACAGGACCUUCUUCAGGCUGCUGCUGGACUUCUUCAUCGAGAGCGAGCUGCACGAGCACGCGGCCUACCUGGUGGACAGCCUGUGGGAGUGCGCCGGGCCCCGCCUGCGCGACUGGGAGACGGCGAGCGCCCUGCUGCUGGAGGAGACGCCCGCCGGGGGCCUGGCCGACCGGCAGGAGAAGGCGCUGGUGGAGAUUCUGGUGGCCAGCGCGGGCCGGGCCACCGAGGGGCUGCCCCCGGCGGGCCGCAGCCCCGCCAGGAAGGCCUCGGCCCGCGAGCGCAGGACGCAGGCGGACGAGAGGACGCGGCUCACCCACUGCCUCAUCCCGGCGCUGCCGCAGCUGCUGGCCAAGUUCUCGGCCGACGCGGAGAAAGCGGCUCCGCUCCUGGAGCUGCUGCAGUGCUUCGACCUCAGCAUCUACUGCACCGGGCGGCUGGAGAAGCCGCUGGAGCUGGUGCUGGCGCAGCUGCGGGAGGUGGUGGAGAAGCACGCGGGGCGGGCGGUGCUGGAGGCGGCGGCGCGGGCCCUGCACGCCCUCUGCGACCCGGCGCUGGCCCUGCACGGCCGCGGGGACCUGGCGCGCGGCCGCCUCGCCGACCAGCUCGUCGACAAGUUCCACCAGGAGGUCACCGAGCUGCUCCAGGCCGCGUCCCUGGACGAGGAGGAAGUGUACAGCAUGGCGGCCACGCUGAAGCGCAUCUCCAUCCUCUUCAACGCCCACGACCUGACGCCCUGGCAGCUCUUUGAGCCCUGCACCCGGCUGCUGCAGCGCGCCGUGGACACGGGCGAGGUGCCCCCGCAGGUCCUCGUCCCCGCCAUCGCCUGCAUCCACUUCCACAUCCUCUGGGAGCUCUCGCGUGUGCCGGACGACGGCGGCCCGCAGGGCCAGCUGCGAAGCCUGAAGAGCAAAGUCACCUCCUUCUGCUCGCUGUGCCAGAGCUGCCUGUCCGACAUGGACCCCGGCGUCCGGGAGCAGGCCUUCGUGGUGCUCAGCGACCUGCUGCUGGUGUUCGGCCCCCAGCUGACGCGGGACGGGCGGGCGGCGCUGGAGCCGCUGCUGCUGCCGCCCGACGCCGGGCUGCAGUCGCAGCUCGCCGGCUUCCUCAUGGACCACGUCUUCGACCACGUCUUCAGCCACGAGGAGCUCACGUCCGGAGAGCCCGAGGCCAGCGAGAGCCACAUUGAGGGGCUGCACCGGCGCCGGGUGCUGCUGGCCGGCUUCUGCAAGCUCGUCAUCUACAACGUGCUGGAGCUCAGCGCCGCCUCCGACGUCUUCAAGCACUACGCCAAGUUCUACAGCGACUACGGGGACAUCAUCAAGGAGACGCUGAACUGCACCCGCCAGAUCGAUCGGCAGGAGUGGGCUCGUACGCUGCUGCUCAGCUUGCAGCAGCUGAUGACGGAGCUGCUGCUGCAACAAGGCCCCGAGAUCCGGGCGGCCGCCGCCUUCCAGGAGAUCCGGGACCUGGCGCGACGCUUCUCCCUCCUCUUCGGCCUCCACCAGCUCCGCAACCGCCCGGCGCUGCUCAGCGUGCACAGGGAAGGGAUCCGGUUCGCUUUCCAGGAGCCGCCGGGCCCCGGGCCGGAGCCGCAGCCCCUCAACCUGCCCUUCCUGGAGGUGCUGAGCGAGUUCUCACCGCGGCUGCUGCAGCCCGACAAGGCCCUGAUCCUGGCCCACCUGGAGAAGACGUGCCGGGAGCAGCGGGGGCCGGCGGAGGCCCCGUGGCCCUCGCUCGCGGCCUACCGCGCCUCGCUGCAGCCCCCGGACGGCGGCAGCUCCGCCGGCAGCCGCGGCUCGGCCCCGCGCCGCCCCCCCGCCGCCGCCCCCCCCGCCAAGAGGCGCCGCGUGGACGCCCCUCUCUCCGCAGCCUCCUCGGAGCGCACCGACUCCAGCCUCCGCCUGAGCAGCCGCCUCGCCAGCCCGGCCCUGACCUCCACGGCGCUGCGGGGCAGCCGCAGGACGCCGGGGCCCCCCGUGCCGCCCCACGGCUCCAACCCGGACUUGGCCCGGAGGCCCCGGCUCGGCCUCGCGUCCCGGUUUCCCGGCUUCUUCUCCCGGAGCAGCUCCGCGUCCCGCCCGGGCAGCAGGUCGGACCGGCUCAGUCUCAUGGAGGAAGAGGAGGCCACGGAGGAAGAAGAGGCGGCGAUCGAAGAGGAGAGCAGCGAGGAGUCGUCCCCGGAGCGGCGCAGGCUCCGCCAGGAUCAGCUCCGCGACCUCUUCGACUCCACCAUCCUGGGCAUCGAGGACCUCUGAGGCGGCCGGAGCCCGGGGCCACGCGCUGUUUUUGCCUGUUUAUUGCUGUUUUGAGCCUACGUUGGGGGGGGUCCAGCCCCCCCCCCCCGGGCCCUGUUCGCUGUCAGUCGAUAAAUAAAGGGGUUGUUGUUGGC